AUGUUGACUCUUAACCUUGGUCUUCGUCGAAGUUUUCCCUUUGUUUUCCUCAUCGCUGACGUCCAACGCCCCAUCCUUGGUGUUUAUUUCCUUACCAAGUUUGGCCUGAUCGUGGACCGGCGUAACCGUAAACUAUGCGAUAGUUUGACAUCCUUGUCCGUUUCGGGUAAAGUCACUUCGAUCAGUUCGAUCGGUCUUCGCUUGGCAUUGCCCGCCGACAAACUAUUACUGCAGUUUCCUGCUCUUUGUCAAUCGCCUAAUGACUUUACUGAGCCUAAGCACGAGGUUACGCAUCACAUCUUAACACAUGGCCCGCCAGUAACCGCCCGACCUCGACGAUUACCUCCAGACAAGCUCGCUACUGCCAAGGCAGAGUUUGAACAUAUGCUUCGUCUCGGUAUCGUUCGUCCUUCCAAUAGUCCAUGGUCCUCCCCGCUUCAUAUGGUUCCCAAAAAGUCCAGUGGCGACUGGAGACCUUGCGGAGAUUACCGCGCACUAAACAAUUCCACCGUCCCCGAUAGAUAUCCGAUUCCGCACAUCCAUUAUUUUUCAACUGGUCUACAUGGAAGAACAGUUUUCUCUAAGAUUGACUUGGUGCGUGCACACCACCAAAUUCCGGUUGCUCCCGACGAUAUUCCGAAGACCGCUAUAACCACGCCAUUUGGUUUUUAUGAAUUCGUUCGCAUACCAUUUGGUCUACGAAAUACCGCACAGACUUUCCAAAGGUAUAUCGAUCAAGUUCUUAGAGGGCUCGAUUUCGUCUACGCCUACAUUGACGAUAUUUUUGUGGCCAGUUCCAGUCAUGAUGAGCAUCCGUCACAUCUCCGAUCGAUCUUCGAACGCUUUGCUCAGUACUGUGUUACGAUCAAUGUUGGCAAAUGUGUUUUUGGCCAGAGUUCUGUUGAUUUUUUGGGCCACCGAAUUGGUUGCAAUGGCAUUA